UAUGGAAUUGGGAAUGUGUCAGACUCAGACGGCGAGCGAGUUCAAUAGUCACGCUCAAAUACAAGUUUUGGUGGAUUUAUCGAAAGAAUUACUUUAAAAACAACCUAUCUGUAGAUUCUAGUGAGUUCUAAGAAGUUCCAAAAUGUUGAUUAAAGUGAAAACUCUCACAGGGAAAGAGAUCGAAAUCGACAUAGAACCCACGGAUAAGGUAGACAGGAUUAAGGAGCGUGUUGAGGAGAAAGAAGGAAUCCCUCCACAACAACAGAGAUUAAUUUUCUCAGGCAAACAAAUGAACGAUGACAAAACAGCGGCAGAUUACAAGGUUCAGGGUGGUUCUGUGCUGCAUUUGGUGUUGGCCCUGCGUGGGGGUGUAUCUCAUUUCUAAUAAAUUUUAUUAAGUUCAAGCGAAA